AUGCUCCGCUGGGCCGAGACCGACGCUGGGCCGAGACCGACGCUGGGCCGAGACCGACGCUGGGCCGAGACCGACGCUGGGCCGAGACCGACGCUGGGCCGAGACCGACGCUGGGCCCAGACCGACGCUGGGCCGAGACCGACGCUGGGCCGAGACCGCGCUGGGCCGAGACCGACGCUGGGCCGAGACCGACGCUGGGCCGAGACCGACGCUGGGCCGAGACCGACGCUGGGCCGAGACCGACGCCGAGACGCUGGGCCGAGACCGACGCUGGGCCAGACCGACGCUGGGCCGAGACCGACGCUGGGCCGAGACCGACGCUGGGCCGAGACCGACGCUGGGCCGAGACCGACGCUGGGCCGAGACCGUCGCUGGGCCGAGACCGAUCCCGGACCACAGCCAGACCACAGCCAGACAAACAAACACGGCUGA